ACAUGUGAUUUUGAUAGUUGUCGUUGUCAAUCAUGUAAACGAGCAGUUUAGGUUAGGUCAGUUGCUAGAAUCUCCCAAAAAAUGGUUUUUCGAAGAGUUCUGAAUCGUGGGUCCUUUAACCAAUUACGCAACUACUGCAGCAAAGGAAGCACUGAUAAUGCAGGAGUUUCUAAAGACAAUGCUAGCAAUGCGCCCUGUCCCCAAAUAUUCAGCAGAGAAGGUGAUAAUGGCACGUCGAAAACGAUCACGGGGGAAGCAUUGCCCAAGGACAGUCCAAUAUUCAGUGCCAUCGGGGCUGCAGAAGAAUUACUCAGCUACAUUGGCUUAGCCAGGGAAUAUGCCAAUGAAUCAGAGCACGAAUACACAGACAAACUGAAAAGAAUACAGACCAUCAUUAUUGACAUCAGCACGGCGAUUUCACGGAAUAGCAAAGUGGCCAUACCUCCAGUAUACACUAAAGAGUUAGAGGAUUGGAUCUCAGAAUAUGCCAAACAACUGCCCCCGCCUGAAACACGACCAACGGACGGAAAGCAUCUAUAUUCCGAAACCUGAUGAAAAAGUUCAACCCCAGUAACUAUUAAUGAUCCAUUAGGCUUUUGUGUCUCAAAAGUAAUGCUUCUGUUAGGUUCAGCCAAAUCGGUUAAUUGCGUAAAAAUUGAACAAGCUUUUUGUUUCAGCUUCUCAUCAGAGCAAUGCAUUUAUUUUUAUUUCCAGGGCAAUACAUGUCAGAAGAUACAACCCUGUCCGUUGACGAACUUAUUUACUGUUGAUUGUUACCGCUUAUUCUCACAGCAGCUGGAAUGUUUGUUGUUAUUUUUAGUUAAAUAAAAUUGAUAUAUA